AAACCGCUGUUUAGCAUUUGGCAUUGGCAGUAAGCAGUAUUAUUGACGUCUGCUUGAAUGUUUAUUUUUGAGUUUGUCUUUGUCAUUUAAGGCCUCCUCAUUUUGCAAUGAUCCUUCCUGUGAAUUUUUGGUAGCCCUUAGCAACAACUCCUGUGAAGUUUUACAUAGGUUACUUGAGUGAAGUAACAACUGAGUUGAGUGUGUCAUGGGCUGGAGUAACGUAAUUCACAUAGGACCGCUUUUUACUAUCGGUGUAAUUAAAUCUAUUGUUUGGUCAACAAUUCAUUGCAACUCCAUGUGGUGGCCUCCUUACCACUCUUGGCCUGGAUUUAUAAAUGCUGCUAUUUUUCUCUCAUUAAGUGCAUCAACAUUCUACAAUUUUCUAUAUUCACUACAUGUUGGUCCAGGAUACUUACCUCUAAACUGGAAACCGACCAGGGAAGAGGAUACUCAGUUUUUACAGUACUGCACUGUGUGCCAAGGAUACAAAGCACCAAGAUCUCAUCACUGUAGAAAAUGCAAUAGAUGUAUUAUGAAACGUGAUCAUCACUGCAUAUUUAUAAAUAACUGCCUUGGACAUUUCAAUCACACCAACUUUCUUGCAUUCCUCAUUUCCGCGGUUAUUGGAUGCGCCCAAGCCAUCGUAAUAAUUUCAUGCACCAUGUACAGAGCUCUUCACCCGACAUUUGAUUACUACGACCAUUCAAAUCUACGAGAAGUGCCUUUUAUAAUAUUGGGACUAUGGCCUUUUGUGAUGAGUCUGAUUUCCUUAGGAUUAGCAGCCGGAGUAGUGUUUGCUGUUGGUUUUCUAUUUUUUAUCCAGAUGAAAGUGGUUUUAAGAAAUCAAACAGGCAUUGAAGACUGGGUUCAUGAAAAAGCUGUUUAUCGUCGAGAAGGAACCGAUGAACCCUCUUUCAUUCACCCCUACAAUUUAGGAUGGCGAAAGAAUCUGGUUGAAGUAAUAAAUUUCUCUUUCCAGCCUAAAGGUGAUGGCAUCGAGUGGAAAGUCCGGGACAAUUGCCAUCCAUACGCUUUCACGAUUGAACAAAUUGAACAGAAAAAGAUUAAAAGGGAACGCUGCGUAGAAUACGUAGUAGAGAAAGCAUACAGUGGAAGGUGGUUCCCUAUUAUUAGUUUCGGCAUUAUGGUUUGUCUUCAGCCACCAUACACCGACGAGACACGCAUCUCUCUGCAGAUUGGAGAUAAGGUGGCGGUUACUCGAUGGAAAAAAUAUUGGCUUUACGGCGAAAUUCAAGAAAGGGGUCAAGUUCAAAUGAAUCCAACUGAGCGCCGAGCACUGCGCGGUUGGUUUCCUCGUACAUCCUGCUCUCCUUCCUAUGUGGAAUAUGAAAAAGAGGAAUGAUUGUUUAAAUUAGUUUAAUUGAAUGGAUAAGACAACAAAAAGUUCCAAUAAUCUUACUUGUAUUUACACACCACUUUGUUUUGAAGCAAAGCACCUAAAAUUGCACCUUGUCUAAAAUGUUUCGGGUGGUUUUCAUCUGACAAAUUCACAAAAUCUUGAAAUAAACUAUGGUUAAAAAAAUUUAAAAAAAAAUGC